CUCCGUCUUCUCUGCCCUGAGAGCAGCUCUCCUGCCACAGCCCCAUAUCCCCUGAAAAUGUACGCGUGCGCCAAGUUUGUUUCCACCCCCUCCUUGGUCAGGAGCACCUCUCAGAUGCUGAGCCGAUCGCUUUCUGCAGUGGUGCUGAAACGACCAGAGACACUGACAGAUGAGAGCCUCAGCAGCGUGGCAGCCCCACAGACCCUGACCUCAUUUAUUCCUAGCCGCAGCUUCCAAACCAGCACCAUUUCAAGGGACAUCGACACAGCAGCCAAGUUCAUUGGGGCGGGGGCUGCCACAGUAGGGGUGGCUGGUUCUGGGGCUGGAAUUGGGACUGUGUUUGGGAGCCUCAUCAUUGGUUAUGCCAGGAACCCUUCUCUGAAGCAACAGCUCUUCUCCUACGCCAUUCUGGGCUUUGCCCUCUCAGAGGCCAUGGGGCUCUUUUGCCUGAUGGUGGCCUUUCUCAUCCUCUUCGCCAUGUGAAGGAGCCGUCUCCACCUCCCAUAGUUCUUUCUCCCAUGUCUUGUCUGCCCUGUAUGUUCCUUU